UGUGCUUUCAGCCCCAAUCUACUGCAUAGUGUACCAAGCAGAUCCAGACAGUAACCUUGUUUUGUGUCACCUGUGGGAUCAAUCUUUACUGCUCCAGCUGCCCUAGCCGGCAAGUAUAGCUAUUGCUGCUGACUCAAGGACAAGCUAAAGGAUUCGAGGAAACCAAUGCAGACAGCUGCACGAAGAGAGCAAUUCACUCCCAGCACAGCUCACACACCAAAGAGCAUCUUUCAACAUACUGAUUUAUUCCCUGUUUUUGUGACACUUCACCCUGGGACAAUGCUCAAAAUGAAUCUUCCUGAACUGACUCUUUGCCUUCUUGGCACAGUACUCCUGUGUGGAGCAACUACGGUAGAACCUCCCAUCACAAUAACAAGUGGACCAACCACACCUGCAGUAACCUCAAAUAAACCAACCACACCUGCAGGAACCUCAAAUAAACCAACCACAGCUGCAGGAACCACAACUUCAUCUACAGGAACCACAGUCUCAUCCUCAGGUGAUACAGCCGCCACUGGCACAGUCACCAACAACCCAACCUCUUCAACUGUUACCACUGAAUCUGUGGGGGAUAGUUCAUCAGGCCUUUCAAGUGGCGCUAUAGCUGGUAUUACCAUCGGCUCUAUUGCUGGGGUGGCUGCUGUUGGUGGUGGUAUCUUUGGUGCACUGAAGUACACUGCGAGGAUCUGAGACCAGUUAUAGCCAAACAAGGGUAUGAUUGGCUAUGAUUGUAAGCAGAAAUGUUCUCCAUCCUACAGUCAAACAAAUGAAAUCCUGGACAUUUGACUAUUUUUUACUGGACUGUCUGAAAGGCCCAAAAUGCUCAGAAUAUAAUAUAAUAUGAUGAUUAUCUCAUGGGCCAAGAGGAAGACAUGAAAGUAAAUUUGACUGAUUGUCUGGCUGCAGGUCAGGAUAUAAUCUUUAGUUGAUCAAAAUAACUUUUUGUUGUGAUACAAAAACUGUAUUUUAUAGUAAUUUACUUCAUUAACAGAUGAAAUAAACAAAGUACUUUUAGUUAGAAAUGUAAUAGUGUUUGGUUUUUAAAAGUAAUUGACAAUGCCCUUCAAAUCUGAUAACUUUGGCACUUUUAGAUUUUAAUAUGUUUCAGAUUUUCUAAUAAGCUCUUUUUUUUACAAUGGCUGUCUGUGUGUGUGUGUGUGUGUGUGUGUGUGUGUGUGUGUGUGAGAGAGAGAGAGAGAGAGAGAGAGUAUGUCAGAACUGUCAUCAGACCUCAUGUUUUGAGUAAAUUUUUAUUUUCGAUGGCAUUAUAAUCUCAUCUGUAACUGGGGUUUUGAAUCUAAUUUCUGUAUUUGCUGAGAGAAAACGGCUUGUAAUAAAUAACUGUUGUAAUACUUACCUUUUU